AGUGCCAUCGAUCAGCCACCAGAGAGGUGACUUAACCACUUAACCCCGCACCGCCGACCCACGGAAGUAUACUUCAAUUCCGCUCUCCUCUUCCUCCUUAUUCCUCAUACCCUCACGCUACGAGCUUCGAUAAAUCUCCAAUCAUGGCUACCAUGACUACACUCUCAGCCAAAACCUCUGAAUCACAGCCCUUACAGUCCACGAGUCCGCUAUCCGAACAAUCUUUCUCUCCCGAUGACGCUGCAGCUUUAGACUACCGCUUCAAAGCGGACCAGCUCAACCGCGCCAUUCAAGAUAUCGGCAUGGGUCGGUAUCAAUGGCAGCUUUUCGGCGUGAUCGGCUUUGGUUGGGCCAGCGAUAACCUCUGGCCCAUCGUCACCUCCCUGAUUCUGGUUCCUGUAUCGUACGAAUUCCGUGUCUCGCAGCCGCCUUUAUUGUCUCUCGCCCAGAACAUCGGACUCCUGGUUGGCUCGCUCUUCUGGGGCUUCACCUGCGAUGUCUUCGGCCGACGAUGGGCCUUCAACAUGACUAUUGCUAUCACUGCCGUCUUUGGCCUGAUCGCUGCAGGGUCGCCCACCUUUGCCGCGGUGGGGGUGUUCACAGCCCUAUGGUCAUUUGGGGUCGGAGGCAAUUUGCCCGUCGAUUCAGCCAUCUUCCUGGAAUUCCUGCCCGGCUCGCAUCAGUAUCUACUGACAGUCCUCUCCAUCAACUGGGCGCUCGCCCAAGUACUGGCCAACCUCGUCGCCUGGCCAUUGAUCGGCAAUAUGACCUGCGCGUCGGCCACCAACUGCACCAAGUCUGCCAACAUGGGCUGGCGCUACUUCCUGAUCACCAUGGGCGGGAUCGCCCUCUUCAUGUGCAUUGCGCGCUGCGUCUUCUUCACCCUCUACGAAUCCCCUAAAUACCUGAUGGGCAAAGGUCUCUACGAGGAGUCCGUGACCGUCAUCCACGAAGUCGCCCGACGCAAUGGCAAAACCACCACUCUCUCCAUCGACGACCUCACCGACGAAGAUGGAGACCGCUUCGAGCCCGACCAACUCUCCUCCUUGCCUGAUAACGAAACCACCACCACUACCCCAACCCACCACCCUUCCGCACAAGCACCCGCGCGCCAAACGCUCCGCCCAAUCGACCAUCUCCGCAUGCGCCUCGCCGUCCUCAGCACCCCGGCGCUCAAAGCUCUCUUCGCCUCCCCACAACGCGCACGCACCACCACUCUCAUGAUCCUGAUCUGGGCCCUGAUCGGCCUUGGCUUCCCCCUCUACAACGCCUUCCUCCCUUACCUGCAACAGACCCGCGGCAUCCAAUUCGGCGACGGCUCCACCUACAUUACCUACCGCAACUCCCUGAUCAUCAGCGCCGUCGGCGUCCCCGGCAGCCUGGUCGGGGGCCUGAUGGUCGAGAUUCCGCGCUUCGGCCGCAAGGGCACCCUCGCCUUCGGUGCCAUCCUCACGGGCGCCUUCCUUCUGGCCUCCACCUCCGCCCACUCCUCGACAGCCCUGCUCGGCUGGAACUGCGCCUACAGCUUCACCAGCAGUCUCCUGUACGCCGUGCUCUACUCCUACACGCCGGAGAUCUUCGAAACGCAGUACCGCGGCACGGGGAACGCACUGGUCGGGGGUGCGAACCGCAUCGGCGGCAUUCUGGCGCCCAUCAUCGUCAUGUUCGCCAACAUCCAGACCAGUGUCCCCGUGUAUAUCAGCGGGGGCAUGUUCGUUCUAGCCGGCCUCCUGGCCCUCUGGGUUCCUGUCGAGACGCGGGGCAAGAUGAGUCUAUAAGCUUAUUGCUCACCAUAUCCAAGCCGAAAAUAAAAGUCACAGUUCGAGUUCACCGCACAUACACUGUUAUCCUUUGGUCGACCCCUCACUAAACCAUCUACAGCUUAAGUAUUAUUCACGACCCCGGAAGCAGACAAUGCAUUCCACAUACAUCUACUUCAUAUCUAGUGGAUAGAAAAUAGAAGAAAACAUGCAGACAAU